CGAGAGGCUUCUGAAGCUGCAGCACUUGCUACUUCAACAACUGCAGUGUGUCGAUCCAUCAACAACUCACGUAGCCAAGUACUGGCUCUAUGAUGCGUCGCACGUGCCAACAUGUCGAAGCAGUAUCUCUCACAGCACGCAAUAGAUGAUGCGCAUGCGACCGACAUCUUUGCCCUGGCUGUGACCACGACUCAAAUCCUCAGCGGUUCCGGAGAACCUUCGAUCAAAGUCCAUUCAACCACCGACGAUGACUUCCCCAUUGCCCAAGUCCUCAGGGACGCGCACAAGGUGGGCUGCCACCAUAUAGUCACCGAUGAGGCCGGCACAAGAGCUGUGAGUGUGGGCUUUGAUGGCCUAGUCAGAGUUUGGAAGUAUGAAGAAGGCAAAUGGGAAGACGACGGCGAAAUCAGAAAUGAUGCUCCUAAAAGAGCUGGACAAGUCUGGGCUGUGGCCUUGUCGAGCGACGGGCAAUAUCUGGCCGGGACAACUCAGGACGGACGGGUGAACGUUUGGGACUUGAACAACGGCAAGCAGAAAAUCAGAGAGUUUGAGACCAAGGGUAGUUUUGGAUUGUGCGUCGAUAUGUCUCCAGAUGGUCGCUUUGUCGCCAGCGGCCACGAAUCCGGCAACAUUUACGUCUUCUCUACCGCAACAUCUCGCCUGCUACACUCCUUACCAGGACUAAUCAAGCCUGUUCGCUCGGUUCAAUUUUCACCCGGCUCGACGCUACUUGCAGCCGCUGGCGAUGCCCGCAUUAUUUCUCUCUAUGACUCUACCUCGGGGGAACAGGUGGCUAACCUCAGCGGUCACGCCGCUUGGAUUACGAGCCUUGAUUGGAGUCAUACCGGCCAAUAUUUGCUGAGUGGAAGCCUCGAUGGCAAGGUCAAAGUAUGGGACGUGGAACGAAGAACAUGUGUGGCCACUCACAGUGAGAGUGACAAGGGUCUUUGGAGCGUCAAGUGGUUGCCGAAGAAUGCCACUGCUAUAUCGAUGCACAGGGCAGAGCGAUUUGCAACGGCGGGAAGCAAUAAAGCCAUUGCAAUCUAUCGGGAGGCAACUGGAGGUUGAUUUUCUCCAAGGGAGUGCUCUUCCGUGCACAAGCCGCUAGGCCGAACCAUCCAGAAAAGAGGUGAUUCGGAAUGGGUGCGAUUGUGGGUACAACUCGAGAGACCAGAUCAAAACUGGCUGUAAGAUUCAAUGGCGGACAUCCCGUCAACGGCUUGCCGUUGCCUCUGAGAGACAAGGAGAAUGGAGAAGCUUGAGGUCUGCCAAGACGCUGUGGAUGUGUAAGACUUACGCCUGCUGUGGCCAAGAUCGGAAACCGAAUCAAGAACACCACAGGGGUCAGCAGAAGCCCCAUCAAUGCGUCUACAUCAAUUGUGCUGGCAACCUUCACAGCAACAUCGCCCUACAUCUGGACGGACGGUAUGUGCAGGUGAAAAAGUCUACAACGUCGACGUAGAUGUAUCUCCUCAGAGAGGACCCAUUCCCAUAAAGCCAUCAGAGAGGCUGGAGAUAGGGCGAAACAUGAAUAGAGAAUGAAGGAAUCUCAAAACCUUCAGAAAAUUUGCUCUCGGCAUAAAUUUUGACAACAUCUAUCAUGGUGUGAGGAUGGAUGAAGCUUCGAAAAUGCCUGUAGAUAUUGGAC